AUCCAAAAGUAGAGAAUGUACCAACAAGAAAAAACAAGUAGAGAAACCCAGCCUUUGGUAGCCGUGAACUCGCAUCAGGCACGCUGCCCGCCUGAAGCAUAAGAUUUUGCUGCGGCGGUUGACGAAGAGCAGGAGCCUUUUUCCGCGCAAAAUAGUGAGGAGGGCAUUUAUUGACGAAAUUCGUGAGGUGGACGGCCGGGAGAAAGGAGAGCAGAAAUGGUGAAGGUGCGAAUGAACACGGCCGAUGUGGCCGCAGAGGUCAAGUGCUUGCGGCGGCUCAUCGGCAUGCGUUGCUCCAAUGUCUAUGAUCUUUCUCCCAAGACGUAUGUUUUCAAGCUGAUGAACAGCAGCGGAGUAACGGAGUCCGGUGAGAGCGAGAAGGUUCUGCUGCUAAUGGAAAGCGGCGUUCGCUUGCAUACCACAGCUUAUGUUCGGGAUAAAAGUAAUACUCCUUCGGGGUUCACGCUUAAGCUGAGGAAGCAUAUACGUACAAGGCGCCUAGAGGAUGUGCGGCAGCUUGGAUAUGAUAGGGUAUAAAACAACUGGAAAUCCUUUUGAUUUGGUUGUUUAGGGUGAUGGCCUUUCGGUAUCAUCGCAUCUCAUCACUGUGCGUCCGUUCUCAGAUUAUUCUAUUUUAAUUUGGGAUUGGUGCUAAUGCGCACUAUGUGAUACUGGAGUUGUAUGCUCAAGGGAACAUCCUUCUCACUGAUCCUGACUUUCAAGUUCUCACUCUUCUCAUAUCACCAAGAGAUGAUGAUAAAGGGAUUGCAAUUAUGUCAAGGCACCGGUUCCUACUGAAAUUUCUCGAGUUUUUGAGCGAACAACUGCUACAAAGUUGCAGGAUGCUCUUACACGUGUUGAUACACCUGAGGACACUGGUUCUGCUAAAAUGGAUGGUGGUGAAGCUGAAGUUACUGAUAACCCCAUAAAGGAAAAGCAGGGUAAGCUAAAAGGUGGCAAAGCUUCUGAGUCGAAAAAAAAUUCUGAUCAAGGGAAUCGUGCCAAACAAGUAACACUGAAGACUGUUCUUGGGGAAGCAUUGGGUUAUGGUCCUCAACUAUCUGAGCAUAUGAUAUUAGAUGCUGGUCUAGUUCCAAAUACAAAACUUUCUGCAAGUAACAAGCUAGAUGAAGAUGCAAUACAGGUUUUGCUUGAGGCUGUCAAAAGGUUUGAAGAUUGGCUACAAGACAUUAUUUCAGGUGAAAAAAUUCCAGAGGGGUACAUUUUGAUGCAAAAGGACAAUGUAGGCAGAAACAGUGCACCAUCUGAAUCUGGUGGUCAUAUCAAGAUGUAUGACGAGUUCUGCCCAAUAUUGUUAAACCAGUUCAAAACAAGGGAACAUGAGAAGUUCGACACAAUUGAUUCAGCACUAGAUGAGUUUUAUAGCAAAAUUGAAAGUCAAGGAUCAGAGCUUCAGCAGAAGGCAAAAGAAGACUCUGCUGUUCAAAAAUUAAAUAAGAUACGCACAGAUCGGGAAAGCCGUGUGCUGAAGCUUAGGAAAGAAGUCGAUCAAUUUGAUAAAAUGGCAGAACUGAUAGAGUACACUUGGAAGAUGUUGAUGCUGCGAUCCUUGCUGUUCGUGUUGCUCUUGCCAAAGGAAUGAGUUGGGAGGAUCUUGCUCGUAUGGUAAAGGAAGAAAGGAAAUCAGGGAAUCCUGUGGCUGCGCUUAUUGACAAGCUUCAUCUUGAAAAGAACUGCAUGACAUUGCUGUUGAGCAACAACAAUCUUGAUGACAUGGAUGAUGAUGAGAAGACUCUUCCAGCAGAUAAGGUAGAAGUGGAUAUAGCUCUUUCUGCUCAUGCCAAUGCUCGUAGGUGGUAUGAAAUGAAGAAAAAGCAAGAAACUAAGCAGGAAAAGACUGUUAAAGCACAUGAAAAAGCUUUUAAAGCAGCUGAGAGAAAGACUCGUAUUCAGCUUUCUCAGGAGAAAUCUGUUGCUACAAUAUCGCAUAUUCGGAAAGUUCACUGGUUUGAGAAAUUUAAUUGGUUUAUCAGCAGUGAGAACUAUCUAGUUAUUAGUGGCCGUGAUGCUCAACAGAAUGAGAUGAUAGUGAAGCUUUACGUGUCAAAGGGAGAUCUGUAUGUUCAUGCUGAGCUACAUGGAGCUUCUAGUACAGUGAUCAAGAAUCAUAGGCCUGACCAAGCAGUUCCUCCUUUGACUUUAAAUCAAGCUGGAUGUUUCACUGUCUGCCACAGCCAAGCAUGGGAUUCAAAAAUCGUGACUAGUGCAUGGUGGGUGUACCCUCGCCAGGUGAGCAAAACUGCUCCCACGGGAGAAUAUCUCACAGUUGGAAGCUUCAUGAUCCGCAGAAAGAAGAACUAUCUCCCCCCUCAUCCAUCAUGGGAUUUGGUUUGUUAUUCCGCUUGGAUGAGAGCUCUUUGGGUGCUCAUCUGAAUGAACGAAGGGUAAGAGGUGAGGAAGAUGGGACGAGUGAUAUUAUUACUGAAAGUGGUCCUCCCGAGGAGGACAUUUCUGAUUCAGAUUCCGAUCAAGAGGGAACAGAAGCAGAAACCAAGGCUGAUGACUGUACCAUCUCCAGUUCAGAACCGAGCGACAAUCCUAGUGGAAAGGGUGUUGCUUCUGUCACUCCACAACUUGAGGAUAUCUUCGAUAGGGCUCUUGGGAUUGGGGCAACUACUACAUCUGGAAUAAACUAUACGGUUGAAGCAGCAGCUCAAACUAAUAUAGAAGAGGAACAUGAUGAGGAAGACAGAAAGGCAACAGGGAGAGAUAAACCAUAUGUCUCAAAAGCUGAAAGAAGGAAGCUGAAGAAAGGAGGUAGAGCUGGUGGUCAUACUGAGACGGAGCAUCAACCAGAAGAAUUAAAAGACGCUGCUGGUGUAUCUGUUGAUCAAUCUGACACAAAUAUCCCGAGUAGUAAACCUGGCGGUGGAAAAGUCGGCCGUGGUCAGAAGAGCAAGCUUAAGAAGAUGAAGGUGAAGUAUGCUGAUCAGGAUGAGGAAGAGAGGCGAAUUCGGAUGGCAUUGUUGGCUUCUGCAGGCAAUGCACAGAAGACAGACGAGGAGAAAGAACAGGGGAACACAGUUACCAUGAAGGAGAAGGUACCGGUCAGUGGUCUUGAAGAUGCCCCAAAAGUGUGUUACAAGUGUAAAAAGACGGGACAUUUAUCUCGCGACUGCCCUGAGCUCCAUGAUGAAAGUUUGAGCAGUCACACGAACGAUGAAGUUGAAAGUAAGUCCCGCCGUGGCGGUGGUAUGGCUAAGGAAGCGGAUAAGGUGGUCAUGGACGAAGAUGAUAUUCACGAAAUCGGUGAAGAAGAGAAGGAGAAACUAAAUGAUGUGGAUUACUUGACCGGAAAUCCACUGCCUAAUGAUAUUCUCUUGUAUGCUGUCCCGAUCUGUGGGCCUUACACAGCCUUGCAAUCGUACAAGUACCGAGUUAAGAUCAUUCCUGGCUCUGCAAAGAAAGGCAAAGCUGCAAAAACUGCAAUGAACUUGUUUAACCACACAGCAGAGGCAAGUGCCAGGGAGAAAGAGCUGAUUAAGGCGUGUACUGAUCCACAACUGUUUGCCGCGAUAAUUGGGAACGUGAAGAUUAGCGCUGCUGGGUUGACGCAAUUGAAGCAGAAGCAAAAGAAAGGGAAGAAGAGCGACAAGAAGGAUAACAAAUAGUAAUACAAGUGUUGAUUUGUACAUAAAAAUUUCACGGAGAAUUAGUGAAAAGAGAUGUAUCUAGUACCAUAAUUUUAGAAGUUCAAACUGUUUAUACGAUUUACUGUAACGGAUAUGGGAUCUUUGCACUGAAAGUGGGAUGCUUGGUGCUCAAGAAAGAUCACAAAUUACACGGAUUAGAAUUGCUCAAUUGAAAAUAAUCUAUUUGCAUUACAACAGAGGAGAAAAUCAAUAAACGAGAAAAGAACGAUCAUUCUUCCUCUGGAGGAAGGUCGCUCAAGUCUAAACCUUCAGCAGGCAUAUCAGAUGACAAUGGCCCAAGAAUCCCAUCGGAAUUUAGGGUCAGUCCACUCU